AUGGCAUCGUUCGAACCAAUUGUGGUGAUAUUUGGAUCCAGCAAAAGCAUUGCAGCCGUCAAUUUACGAUUGCCUGUAUCAAUCUUAUUUGCUUUUGAUGCCACAUCACUUGAAGAGCUUGUCCGUGUAACUCCACAAAUACCUGACACAUGUUUAUCUCGAUUCUUUGUAAUUCUACUUGAUCCGAUUGAUGAUAAUCUUUUGGCACGUUUAAAAGAAAAUCAUCGUGUAAAAGGUAUAUACAAACGAGAGAGUAUGGAUUCUACUAGUCCGAAACAAAUGAAUCAAAUGACAAAUUCAUUCAAGCAGGUGACACUAGAUCUGUCAAAUGAUAUUGUACGUUUUCUGACGUCCGAAGGUGAAAAACAAAUAAAAUUAGAACAAAUGUCUCUGGUGAAGAUUUAUUAUCAACAAGCACGAGUAUUGCAACAAUGGGUUAUGUCGUUUUUUAAGGCUGAACCCUGUCAUAUUCUUCUCAUUUCAUUAAACAGUAGUCAAGAAAAUUUGGAUAGUGCUCAGCAAAGAUUACAAAAAGUUUGUACAAAAGUCGGCUAUACUUCAGCAGUCAUUCGUCAACUCAAUGACUAUAUUCCAAGUAGUGACAGACAUUCAUCACUUAUGCCCUACGCUGAACUACUAUUCAAAAAUGAAGAUCCACGUUGCAUUUCUCGAUUCAUUAAGAAAUUGUCACCAAUUCGAUUCUAUGUAUAUGGUAACCUCUUACAGAUGCCAAGUGAAUGGAGCAAAUUAAUGAUUACAACUGAAAUUAACAUUAUGGACGAUGAAGAUGACUGGUGUGCAUUUCUCGAAAAUGAAUACGUUGAAGAUGAAAUCAAAUGGAAUUUUAGCUUUAUUUUUGGUCGAGACUGGAAAGUCUCACGAGUAUCACCACUCAAUUUUACUCACUUGGACGAAAAUCUUCGAUUUAAUUCGGCACUUCGUCGAGCUCAUGCUACGUUCGCUCCACGACAAGUUGAAGUUACUGCGGAAAUAUUUGACUGGUAUGCAAAUUGUAUUAAACAAGGAUAUCUUCGAGAAGAACCUAAGUUGACUCGUCAACAAAAAGCAAUAAAAAACAAUGUACACUCUGAGAAACCCGAUCUCGAGACUAUGAGAAGACAUCCUUGUAGAAAUCUGUCUUCUUUUGAUUAUCAUCGCUUUCAUUCUCCAAAACCUAAAUUAUUUUCAUUUAUUUGGCUUGAUGAAAUGUUGCAUGAUGCUGAAACUGAAUUUCAUCGUAUUAUUGAACCAUUUCAAUGGCAAUUUUUUGAUAAUAUAUCAACAUGUGUAUCAUUUAUUGAAAUGCAGUUACGCGAACAACGAUACAUAUUUCUUAUUACUUCGGGAUCACUUGGCAAACAGUUAUUUUAUUUGGGAUUAUGUUUGACGAAUCAAAUUUUUGCUACAUAUAUUUAUUGUGCUCAACUUGAUCCAAAUUCGAAUUGGAGCCGUGAUUAUUCACAAAUUCGAGGUGUUUUUAAUGACUCUACAAUGCUCGCUAAGCAAAUCAAACAUGAUUAUCAACAACUUCAAAGCUCGUUGGAAACUUUCAACAGUAAAUGGCAUACGACAACGAACAUCAGUAGCGAAAUUAAAAUUGUACAAAAUACAGAAGAUGCGAACUCACUAUUACCGUUGCCAAUUACUGUUUAUAGUUCAGAACAACCACAUUUGUUCAUGGCUCAUCAGCGGACAAUUGAUAGUCUUCUUUGUAUGCCACAUACACUUGAAUCAAAAGCCGAAAUGGUUGCUGAAUUUCGUCGUAUGUACAAUGAUAAUCAAGAGAUUCUUGCACAGAUUGAUAACUUUGAAAACACUUACCAUUCGAAUGCAGCUGUACAAUGGUAUACACGUGAUUCUUUUAUUUGGCGAGCGAUUAAUCAAGCACUUCGAUCAAGUGAUGCCGACGCUAUGUUUAAACUCCGAUACAUUCUUACUGAUCUCUAUCUUCACUUAAAAGAAUCAUACCAACAAUCGCAUAGAUCUUUUUGGGAUUCAAAAUCAGAGACAUUUUAUCGUGGUCAAUUGAUGUCAAGCGAAGAAUUCGAGACUUUCAAAUCACUUCGCGGUUGUAUCAUUUCAAUAAACACAUUCUUAUCGACAACAGCAUCUAUGCAAAUUGCUCUAAUGUAUGCUGGCAAAUGUCAUGAAAAUUCCAAUCUAGUCUCAGUUAUAUUUAAUAUUGAAACGAAUUCACAAACACUUGCACGUCCAUGUGCUAACAUUUCUCAUUAUUCCUUAUUUCAAGAUGAAGAAGAAACUUUGUUUGCAAUGGGUAGCUUCUUUCGCAUAGGCAAUAUUCGUCAACUGUUAGAUGCAGAUAACGUUUGGGUCAUAUAUCUAACAACAAUUAGUGAUAACGAUUAUCGAUUCAAUAUAUCUCAUUUGACAACUGCAUAG